GCGCUUUCAAAAUCAACAUUCAAGACGAUGCUUGGCUUUCAAUCGAAAUGUUCCUGAAAUGUUCCUGUACGUCCGUUUUGAAGUCAUUUCUACUGGAAACUAUGUCAAAACACGCUUCACAAAAUCAAUUUCGACAGCCUUAAGUAACUGAGACAACUCAUUUCAAAGGGGUUUAGAGAAAUGCCGCGAUCUUGCAGUGACGGUUAUUACUUACAGCUCAUUUAUGAGUAUCUCCUGCACAUGGGACUAGAAAGCACGGCUACAAAUCUGAGGGAAGAAUGCAGAUCUUGUGAUUAUCCAGCACCAGAAGAAAUCAGUGGUGUCCGAAGAUGUGACAUCACUAAUUUGUUACAACGGUUUGAUGAAGAAGAUGAGGCUGGAUUUUUACGGAUAUUAAAUCAAAGCAUUCCACUUCAAGCUAGAAGUUCCUAUGAAGGAAAAAAAAUGAUAGCUGACCUGCUAGUUUAUUUUGCUGCAUUGUCUCUCUUGAAAGACGGCAGUGACCAGGCAGGAACUGUGUGGAUGAAACCCCUUGUGCAUGCUCCACCAGCCCUAUUUCAAAAUUGUGAGCCAAAAUCCAUGAGCACAUUAAUGCCCAGAGCCAUUCAAGGAAACCGAUCUCACACUAGUACUAAUUCAGAAACCCUGGAAAGAACAGAACUCUGUAAAUAUUGUGGUCAAAAGUCAUGCACGUGUGAAAAUUCAGAGGAACCAGAAAUUGUUGUAAGAAGGCCGUCUCAGUGUUCAGAAAACAAUCGGCAAAGAUGUCCCAUACAUCCUUGUAUGAACACAUUACAGGAGUAUCUCGAUACUGAAUGUUCCAAUCUCAAGGAUGAUCCCUAUUUUAUACCCUAUUUUGCCCUUCCAUUCACCUCUAGCCCUCAAACCCAUUACCAAUAUAAACACAUUUUCCAGGGAUCGUGGCCUAAAGGCCUAAGGAGAAGAUUUUGGGAGUUUCUCGUCCACCACAGACAAGCUGCUGGUCUCCCCGGUAUUGUCCGACUCCUACCAUCAUGUGAGGUACAAGUUGCCCAAAGUACUCUUUGGAAUAACUUUUUUCCGGUCAUCUAAAUAUUACUGUUCCUAUGUCAUUUAUGUUUUGCUGUUCCGUGAUGAAGGACAUGAAUCCAUCUGAUACCCGGUCCAUACACGAUGAAUCCAUCUGCUUGUCAGAGCACACAAUUCAAUGACAAGGUACAAGCUACAACACCUGUGGUUUUCACUAAUAGUUUGCCAAUAUA